GAACGAUUUAUAUAUGUUGAAUUUGCUUUUUUUUCCUUAUGUAAGCGCGGGAGCCCUGUGUCCGAACCGCGCGGGACUAGGGAGCAGGGUUGCUUUGUAAUUGGUACAGUUCGGUUUUGUCCGCCACGAACUGCAACGAGUUUGCCGUUUUUUUCUUCGUUUAUCAUUAAAAAAUACAGUCCCUUAUCAGUCGUCGUCGUCCAUAACAAGUUGGUCCUUCGAGCCGGAUGUAUUGAAGAAUAUUGGAGUAACCAGAAUGCCAGAAACCCGGUCGAAUGUGGAGAAUUGCCGAGCGAAGAGAAAAGUCGUCAGGUCCAAUUGCACGAGGAACAUAAACAAGAUCAAAGAAUUGCUCCCCGACAAGAAAAACAAGUCAAAAGUGAGGCAGUUCGCAAACAAUCUUGAUGAGGUAAGGGGUAAAGCACGUGAAUUAACUGCUGAGCUAGAGGAGCUCGACCCGGAACACAUAGAAGCGGACGGGGACUGGUUACAAGACCUAGAGGAAGCCGUAAGUGAGAUUAUGGGAGAAGUUGUAGAUUAUUUCAGUGAAGACGCGAGUUCAGAGCCUGCUAACAGUAGCGAUGUCAUGGGAAAUAGUAAUAGAAGCGGUUUGAAGGGAGUUCAGGUCCCACUUUUCAAAGGAAAUCGGGAAGACUGGCCAUAUUUUUGGGGUAUUUUCAAGUCCCUUGUGCAUGACAAUAAAACGCUGAGUGAGCCUGUGAAGCUCGCACAUUUGAACAACUCCCUCGCUGACAAUGUCAAAAUUGUGAUUUCGUGUCUAACCGGGGGUCCUGGGGAUUAUGAGAAGUCUGUCAAGUUGUUAGAGGGAAGAUUUGGGGACCCGAGGGAUGUGAUAGAGCCCCAUUUAAACCGAAUCACAGACUGGCCUGCUGUUAGGAGUGAUGACCGCACGGGGUUUGAGGGGUUUGCAGACGCCUUGCAGGCCGCAGUGUUUGCGCUAGAUAACCCUACAUUUCAACAUGAGCUAAAGAGUCUGCCACUUUGCACCCAGUUAGUGCGCAAAUUGCCUGCUGAAGAAAGGGAUGAGUGGGUGCGGCAAGUAGAGAGGGGGCAGGUGCAAGAGGAUCUAAAGGGGUUAGCUGAGUGGGCGCAGACACGGUCAAAGACACUGCGCAUGCGCGAGCGCUAUAAUGAACAGCCCACAGCUAAAAGCGUGCCCGCAGCUAAAGGUGCGUCCCAACAAAGGCGACACCAGAGGUACCAAACCAUGCACGUUGGUGAGAAGCACCAACGAAAAUGUGCCCUAUGUGAAAAGGAUCACUCAGAGUCAAAAUGCCCAACCCUUUUACCAGCAACGGUAGACAAGCGCUGGGAGAUGGUUAAGGAGAAAAGAGUCUGUUUUGGCUGUCUCAGGGGGGGACAUCAGCGACGUUCGUGCAGUAGAUCCCAGAAAUGCGGGGUUGAUGGUUGUGACAGAGGUCAUCAUUACCUUUUGCAUUCCUUUGCUCCCAAACAACCACCUAGAGAGCCCUUAACUGUCGAACUUCCUCCAGGGGAUAAAGGGGUUCAUUGCGGGAAAGCGCAAGCCAGCACGCCAAGUGUCAAUAAAGUCGCGCUCAAAACUGUUGCAGUACCAUUUACCGGUGACUCUGGCCAAGUAGUUAUGGGAUUAGUACUUUUGGAUUCAGGCAGCGAAACUACCCUUGUAAGAACUGGGUUUGCAAAGCAAUUGGGGAUAUCAGGUCCUAGGCAAAACCUAACCGUUGACACAGUAGGGGGGGUUAGUACCACGGUCAAGUCAGAGCGCGUGCAUCUACCAUUUGCAUCAUCUGCGGUUAAAGGAACUGUGAGCGCGUGGACAAUAAAAAGCAUCUGUGCUCCUGUCAGUGCUAUUGAUUGGUCAGAGGUCAAGCGACGCUAUGCGCAUUUGUGUGAUGUCCCAGUAGAGAACACGGGCAACGGGACGGUUGAUGUUUUGUUAGGCCUCGACACAGCAGCCUUAAUGGCCCCAUUGGAAGUCAGGAGGGGUGGGGUCACAGAACCGUAUGCUGAGAAGACACCGCUGGGGUGGGUUAUCGCGGGCCCAGUCUCAGACUCCGAGGGUGGGGGAAAGCGCAUACUCCGCGCACACGUGUCAGAAGCCGAAGACGACACAAAUCACAACCUGCGCAUGUUCUGGGAAGUAGACACGUUUGGCGUCCGCGUCGAGGAAUCACCACCAUACAGCCGCAGCGAACAGAGAGCCUUGGAUGCCUUGGAUAAGUCAUGCCGACUAGUGGAUUCAGGUUACGAGUUAGCGCUCUUGUGGAAACCUGACCGACCUCCAUUACCUAACAACUACGCCACAGCCUUGAGUCGCCUAGAGUCAGUGGAGCGUCGCCUGCAGAAAGACCCGGAGCUGGCGCAAGGGUAUAAAAAGGCGAUCAGCGCGUACGUCGAGAAGGGGUUUGCCCGCAAGCUCUCAGAUGAGGAACGGGUGGAGGAUACAGAGCAAUGGCUGCUACCCCAUCACCCGGUGUUGUCGCCACACAAGCCUCUUCCAAGAGUCGUGUUUGAUUCAGCCGCAGUGCACGAUGGGAUCUGUCUCAACGACUGUCUAGAAGCAGGGCCUAGUCUACAUAACGAUCUACCAGGCGUUUUGAUGCGUUUCCGUGAACGACCUGUAGCGCUCGCGGGUGAUGUGUCAGACAUGUUUUGUCAUGUGCGCUUGCGUACAGAGGACCGCAAGUACCACCGCUAUCUUUGGCGAGAUCUAGAGACGGACAAGCCGCCUGAUGUUUAUGAGAUGAAUUGCCUCGUGUUCGGAGAUAAGUCGUCGCCAUGUGAAGCGAACUUUGCCGUCCAGCGUACAGCUGAAGACAAGAAGGAGCAAUGGCCAGACGCCGCCGCCGUAGUCAAGCGCGACAUAUUCGUUGAUGACUUAUACACGUCCUGUGAGGAUGUCGGAGAAGCUGUAAAGCUGCGCGAGGAUGUCACCGCACUUAUGGCUGAAGGGGGAUUUCCCAUGCGUAAGUGGAUGUCGUCGUCUGCCGAGGUGUUAGCUACCGUACCGGAGACAGAGCGAGCCGUCCGUAACGAGGCCCUAGAGAUGGGAGAGCUGCCGCAAGGUCGAGCGCUUGGGUUGCGAUGGGAUCCUCAGUCAGACACCCUCGGCUUUGCAUUUGCACACGUCGAAAGACCCCCCGCAGAAGAAACAAAACGGGGUGUCCUCAAGAAACUAGCGGGAUUGUAUGACCCGUUAGGAUGGGCAAGUCCAUACGUGGUUCGCGCCAAAGUCAUGUUGCAGCGUACAUGGUCACGUGGCAUAGACUGGGAUGAGUUACUACCGUCAGAUCUGCGCUUAGAGUGGAGCAAGUGGGAGGCGGAGAUGGUUGCCCUAAAGUCCUUUGUUGUCCCACGCUACAUUUACCGUCAGCCCAGUAGGUUAAGGAAGAAGCAGUUAGUAGUGUUUUGCGAUGCGUCUGAGGAAGCAUGCGCCGCAGUCGCCUACGUGCGCGCAACGUCGACAGUCGGGGAAGUCACGUGUCAUCUAGUCAUCGCAAAAACGCGCCUCAUGCCGUUGAAGCCGAUCUCAAUCUCGAGAGGGGAGCUAAUGGCAUGUCAGCUAGCCGUACGACUCGCCAAGGCCGCUUGUGUACAGCUCAGUUUGAGUAUGCGAGAGGUGAUCUACCUUUCGGACUCCACUACCGCACUGUGGUGGAUUCGUGGCGAGCCGAGGAAUUUCAAGCCGUUUGUCGCCAACCGUGUAGCUGAGAUCUUGACAGAGAGUGACCCCAUCCAGUGGCACCACGUACGAACGGAGAUGAACAUCGCCGAUGUGGCAACAAGAGGAGCCUCCGCAGGCGACAUACAAGCCCACACAACUUGGAUUGAAGGACCGGAGUUCCUGAGGUUACCAGUGCACGCUUGGCCGAUUGGCGUUUCCUGUAUAACCUGCGCAACCGAGAUAAGCCCAAGUCGGGAGCACUAA